CAUCUCCCCGAAAUCGAUGCGGAGUCGCCCGCCUGCUCUCUGGCCGAUGGACCGGCGACUACGGCAUGCCGACUCGCGACUCCAAACUUCUGAUUACUCGGAUCUUAUUGACUGCUUCCCCACAUCAUCUCGACACUCCCACAGCUUAUGUGACACCGUUAAUGACACUAACGACUCAUUCUUCAAUGAGUCGUCUCUUCCUAAUAUGCCAUCGCAAGAUGAGAUAGACCUCAGGAAACUGUACAGAGUGGUGGUGCCCAUCAUGCUCAUUGUAUGUGUACUGUCUCUGGUUUUCAACCUUAUCAUACUGCUCAGUGUAAGAUGGGUCAGAAAAUCGCUGUCACCAACACUUCUAUUGAGCCUGUCACUGGCCGUGGCUGACGCUUAUGCGUCGCUGGUCAUUGGUGUUGGACUAGUGGUCAACAGUCUUCUCCCCAUAGUUUAUGGAGUUGACAUGGGACCCUUCAGUAAUUGUUAUGUGCUGGUUCUGGAAGCAUUUCGUUUGGGUGGCAUGGUGGUGGCAGUUUUUCAUCUCCUUGCCCUGGCUAUAAAUCACUACAUUGGAAUACUUAGACCUUUGCACUAUGCCGCCACAGUCACCAGAGGAACAGUGGCAUGGGCAAUUACUUGCAUGUGGAUAUUUCCAGUCGUCUUUUUUCUGGCAUACUUUUCCCUUGUUCCUGAGGAUGGUUUCCGAUCUCCUUACUGCUCUACCUAUGACUUUCUAUUGCGCAUCCCAUUUCGUCUGACAGUAUCCACUCUGUUUUUUGUACCACUAAUCCUCAUGUCCAUCAUGUAUAUUCACAUGUUUAUUACUGUGAAACGCCAUCAGUUGGGUGUUCUUCAGCACCAGACUGGUCGGCAAUUGCACAAGAGCGUCAAGGCUGUGAUCACCACUCUGCUGAUAUUGGGCACGUACGUAGUAGGAUGGAUGCCUGCGGUGCUCUUUUUCGUUCUCACAUGCCUCGAUUGUCCGAUACCUGUGACACAAAUCCAACUAUGGGUUCGUGUUUAUGUGGCGAUUUUUAUCAAUAGUAUGAUAGUGGUGAAAUCUUUCUUGGAUCCAAUUAUCUACGUAGCGAGGAUGCCAGAGAUUAAAGGGGCACUUGGUGCAAUGUACAGGACAAGAUUGGGUGCCGUCACAGAUGAAUCAGUCAAUCAUCAAAUCCAUUACAAAUCUGAGAUGAACCGACUUACAUUUGUGGAUGCCUCAAGACGAAGCAAAGCGAAUGGUUGUAAUGGUGGACAAAUGAUGAAUCAAGCUUGAUAAGAAAAUCGUUUGCCGUGAAGGUUUCAUCACUGAGAGGCACAGCAUGAUUGACAAUUUUUAUUCUGAAAAAUUCCAUUUCUGUGGUUUUCUCUAAAGCAAGG